UUUAUGAUAUUCCCCUAAUUGUAUUUACAGAAAACGAUAUAUAUAUAAAAGUAUACGUAGGAAGGUAAUUUCAAACAAAUUAGCUCAGCUCUAGCUCUCGCUCAGAAGUAGCAACCGCAUACGCCGAUUGGAUUUUGCGCGAUAAUAUCACAGUUACUUAAAUGAAGGAUAAAUAUGCGACAAACAGUGUUUCACGAGAGUUGCAGCAUUUUUAUAACGUUAAUGAUGUUGUUUAAUGUUGCCGCCUUCCAGUCAGGAGAUCCCGCGACCCAGGAACCCAUAUGCACCUCGAGGUUUGACUUCGACUACAAGGUGCUCUCCAAGCUCGUCGCUCUGGAGACGGCACAAUCGCUAAUGCGGGAGACAAUCCGCAAGCAGGAGGACGUCAUAAAGGAGAUACGGGCAAGCGCAAGCCAAACUUUGGAGCAACACAACUCUGAGAUACAGACGCUCUUGGUAAAGAUGAACUCAGUGGAAUCCAUUUUUUCUCUUGGUGGGAGCGGCACGGUUUACAUCCGGUGGGGUCGGACUUCGUGUCCAGGGAAUGGGACGGAGCUGGUGUAUGAUGGGUAUGCAGGCGGUUCACACUACUCAGUUACAGGAGGGGCUGCUGAUGUACUAUGUCUGCCCAAUGAUCCGUUAUGGGAUGUAUAUGAGGAUUCAACUCAGUCUGGUGCGUACAUGUACGGUGCUGAAUACCAAUUUACCCAUAGAGAACGCGGGAAAUUCUUUGGAACCGAUCCAUUCGACAAGGACGUCCCGUGCGCCGUUUGUCGGACAGCACGGUCCAGCGUCAUGCUACUUCCGGCGAGGAACAUGUGCUACGAUGGAUGGACACUAGAGUACAAUGGAUAUCUCUCGGCCGAACAUUCGGAUCAUGCGGGUGCAUCUCGGUUCACAUGUAUGGAUGCUAGACCGGAAGUACUCAUGGGAGGUGGCAAGGAUGAGAACGGGCGGCUAUUCUACUUCGUCGAAGCCUCAUGUGGGUCGCUCAGGUGUCCCCCAUACGUCAAUGGACGUGAGCUCACGUGUGCCGUGUGUUCCAAAUAAGAGCAUUUGUAAGAACAAUGAAACUCUUUCCAAUACUAUAGUGACAAUAUUAUAGUAACCGGAGAGAUUUAUCGUCACCGUACAUACGUACCCAUUGGUACAUAGUAGACAUGCAACAAGAAAAUAUCAUUUGUUACGUCUCCCAGGACACAGAUAGAUUAAGUGUAGGGUUGAGUUCAUACUAGUAAAAAAUAAGAUUAAGUUAUUCGUGUUGGCUGUAUUGAAUCAUAUGUGUUAACUUUGGAAUUUUCAUGUCAAUAAUGACAUUUCAAGGAAUUCGUUAAUUUAUUCCCUAUCGUUAGACUCUUGUUGAAAAAUCAUCUCCUAUUAUUACCAGAUUUCAUAACAAUACUCACAACAUUUGAUUAAUCUGAAGGAAAAUAUACAGCACAUAAACUUUAAAAUAAACGAAAAAUUUUCAUAAAUUAAUUUUGAGAUAUUUUAACAAUUUCAAGGCCUUUGAAUUGAUAGUCAGUUGGAAUAUGGAUGCAUUGAAGAUGCAUUUUAAUAUUCACUCCAGCGGGGUAUUAUAUGAAGCACGUUUUGAUGUUUAUACCCCAAGGUUAUACAUUACUCAGAAACAUUCUUAGUGAAACGGAAAGCAAUUGUGACAGUAAUUGUCAAUACCUUGAUAUGAUUGCCGAAUCAAUUAUUGUAUGAUGCAUGGGACAAUUAACUGCUGACAAUACGUUGAGCUCAGACAAAUCGUUUCAUUAGAUCAUCUUUAUUGGCAAAAACGAUGGCCAAUCUAAUAUUAUAAAACAAAUUCUCAACAAAACCUUUGAUUAUUCACGUACACCUGAGAAAUAACCUCAACGGUAUAUUUUA